AUGAAUACCUACCAGAGCUUGCUAUUCCUUUUGGCCAUGGUGCUUGCGGUUAACUACACCUUCGCAAAGGUCACCGCGGACACACAAUGCAAAAAUGGUUAUGUAGUCCAAAUGAGCAAUCAUUUUGAAUGUAAAUGCAACAACGGGUUUGUGCUGGCAAAUGAAAACACUUGCGAGGAAAAACACGAUUGUGAAGAUCCACAAAAUGAAAAUAAGAGCUGUGGAGAAUAUGCUGCGUGCGCAAGCUCCAUAGUGAAUGUUAAGGAAAAUUCAAUACUAUGCAUCUGUUUAGAAGAGCACACCUUAGUGAAGGAUGUGUGCAUUCCAAAUAAUUGUAGAGGCAUUGUGUGUGGACAGGGAAAGUGCAUCUUAGAUCCCGCUAAUGCGAAAAACACCAUGUGCUCUUGUGACAUAGGAACCACAUUGGAUGAAUCUAAAAAAUGUGUAAAGCCAGGAAAAACAGAUUGCGAGUUGAAGUGUAAGGCAAACGAAGAAUGUAAAUUGACUGAGAAUUAUUACAAAUGUGUUGCGAAGGGAAGUGGUGGACAAGGAAGCGGCGGAGAAGGCAGCGGCGGAGAAGGCAGCGGUGGACAAGGUAGCGGUGGACAAGGUAGCGGAGGAGCAACAGGAGCAGGUUACAGUCUCAUGAACGGAUCUGCAGUAAUCAGCAUACUAGUUGUAUUCGCCUUCUUUAUGAUGUCAUUAGU